UCCACCUUAAAAAAAAGUUUAAUGCUGUUGCGGAGAGGUGCUGUUGGUGUGGAAGUCGAAAUGCUUUCAACAACACCUAUUUUUAGUUUUUGAUUUUGGCAUCUAUAACAAUAGCUCAACAAAUUAUAACUACUUGGCGACUUUAAAGUAGACAAACGCGACGAAGUCACGCAGGAAUGUUGGCUAUGCUGUUAGCUAACGUUAGCAAGUGUAGCUAACAAGACCACUAGCGUGUAAUAGUAACGUUAUCUUCGUGAAUGAAGUUGAGUAAAUGCACGUUUGGUUGUUUUUGAAGUUGCUUGUUACUUCCUGGUUUAACAUCCAUUUUAAAUGGAUGAGCACAAGGAGAAUAUUCAUGCCAAGGACGUCAAUGUGAAGAUGUCUAAUACAAGAGAAGAUGAAAAGGCAAAGCCUUGCAGCAGGGUUUGUCCAGCUGGAGAAUCUGCUCCUCAGGUGUCCCCUUCUCAGUCGAACAGUGACUUCAGCCAUCCGGUGUACAAGGAGAUCGCUUUGGCUAAUGGACACAUCAACCGCAUGUCCAAAGAGGAGCUUAGGAUCAAGUUAGCAGAGCUGCAGCUUGACACAAGAGGUGUAAAGGAUGUGAUGAAGAAGAGGUUGAAGAGCCACUAUAAGAAGCAGAAGCUGAUGCAGUCUGCGGCCGAGGGAGGUCCCACCGACACCUACUACGACUACAUCUGCGUGGUGGACUUUGAAGCAACAUGUGAAGAGGACAAUCCGUCAGACUUCCAUCAUGAAAUCAUUGAGUUCCCAAUGGUUCUCAUCAACACGCACACUUUAGAAAUUGUGGACUCCUUUCAGGAAUAUGUAAAACCAGAGUUGAACCCACAGCUUUCAGACUUUUGUGUGAAGUUAACGGGCAUAACACAGAAAAUGGUCGAUGAAGCAGACUCGUUUCCAGCAGUCCUCCAGCGAGUCGUAGCUUGGCUUCAGGAGAGGGAGCUUGGGACCAAGUACAAAUACGCCAUUCUGACUGAUGGAGCCUGGGAUAUGAGCAAAUUCCUCAACAUCCAGUGCCGGAUUAGCCGCAUCAGAUAUCCUCAGUUUGCAAAGAAGUGGAUUAACAUAAGGAAAUCAUAUGGAAACUUCUACAAGGUCCCCCGCACGCAGACGAAGCUGAGCACCAUGCUGGAGAAGUUGGGUCUGAAGUAUGAAGGUCGUCCUCACUCUGGCCUGGACGAUUCACGCAACAUCGCCAGGAUAGCCGUACGCAUGCUGCAGGACGGGUGUCAGCUGCGCGUCAAUGAACGCAUGCACGCCGGCCAGCUGCUCUCUGUUCCCAGCUCAGCUCCAAUGGAAGGAGCUCCUCCACCACAUAACCCCCGCAGCCGGGACUAGACCCACACACUAAAGCCCCCCCCAAAAAAAACAAAACAUGCACAGCACUUUCACAGUGUGUGCUUCAAUGUGCAUUUGGAGCUUAAAAGUUAUAGUUGAUGAAUGGUAUUCUAGUCUGACCAAUAAAUGUGGUCAGUUUUUUGAUUUAAGAGUCAUACGUGAGGGAUCCUCUCUGACCUCCAUAUAUUUUUACACCAGAUGUCUGAAAACAGAUCAUUCCAGUGUGCUGUGGGUCGUCAGUCUGUUAACCCUCCCUCAUUCUGCCUUAUCCAGCUCCUACUAUUCAUCCAACAGUUUGAUUAAAAUGCCUUUCGGUUGUCCCACGGUUGCGUGAAUUUUAGUUUUUACAUCAGGUUUUGCUCCCAAGAACACUUCUAAAAAAAAAAAACAUAAAAAAAUGUUAUUCUUGAGGCAUUAAAAUUAAAAAUCUUAAUCAUCUGCAGCUUUGCAUCAACAAUAUUCAUGUCAGCGUUGGCCUUUAAAUCCCCACAUCUGUCUAAUCAUUGCGCUCGUAUUAUAAAUAAGAAUCUACACAAAUGUUGCUGCUAUUGUUGUCCUUUGAAGUGCUACAUAACAGCUAUAAUAUCACACUGUUUGCCAAUUUCCCAGAGUGAGCUGAAGGUUUGGAAACAGUCCUGUGGACUUUAAUUGUCUGUACUGAGAUUCUGUAGCACCAUUAGUAAAGAGAAUAGAUUAUCUAUCAUACAGAUACAGUAGAGGUGUUCAGUUGGCAAACUGAGUGAUGAACUACUGAAGAAAAAGUCCAUCUGUUACUGUAUGAAUUAAGUCUGUGUUGUCGUCUUUUGUAUUGAUAUUGAAUUUUAUUUCAUGGAGGAUGUUCUAUUUUAACAGGAACAAAUAUUCUGAAUGCCAAAUAUUGCAAAUAAAAUAUGUUUCUCUGUU